AUGAAAAAUGUAACCGAUUCUUUCCUUUGUUUGAGUUACUGGCCAUCCGCCGGAAGUUUCGGGUUUAAUACCGAUAUUUUAGCAACAAAUCCAAUAAAUCUAAGUGUAGUGCUCGGUGUAUUGGUUUUUUUUGGAAAGGGAGUGUUAAGUGAUUUAUUAGAUAAUCGAAAACAGAGAAUCUUGAAGACUAUUCGAAAUUCAGAAGAACUGCGGGAAGGAGCUCUUGAACAGCUAGAAAAAGCCCGGGCCCGUUUAAGGAAAGUUGAAACGGAAGCAGAUCAGUUUCGAGUGAAUGGUUAUUCUGAAAUAGAACGAGAAAAAUUGAAUUUAAUUAAGUUAAUUUAUACGACUUUGGAACAAUUAGAAAAUUACAAAAAUGAAACUAUUCGUUUUGAACAACAAAGAACGAUUAAUCAAGUCCGACAACGGGUUUUCCAACAAGCCUUACAAGGAGCUCUGGGAACGCUGAAUAGUUGCUUGAACAACGAGUUACAUUUACGUACCAUCAGUGCUAAUAUUGGCAUGUUUGGGGAAAUGAAAGAUAUAAAAUAA